AAAUCGACUGUGCCUUAUUAUUCUGAAGAAUAUAGCAUUUAAAGUGUUUCUUUAUUAAUUGCAAAUUCAUAUGUAUUACAUGGAAAGUGUUGGAGGUUUCAGCACCUUCAAUGGAGAGCCAUAUGUCAUCAUCGUUUGGGAUGUUUGCACUAUACAAGGAACUCCUCUUGUCUACAUUAGUGGAUGUGUCUGCACCAAGUCAGGAUCUCCUCUGGCUAUCACUGGUGGCUUGUUUCGCAUCAUAAGAGCUCCCCUUGCCAUCAUUGGUGGCUUGUUUUGCAUCAUCGGACCUCGCCUUGCGAUCAUCGGUGGCUUUUCUUGCAUCAUAGGACCUCCUCUUGCCAUCACUGGUGGCUCUGGUGGCAACAUAAGACCUCUACUUUCCAUCAUUAGUAGAUUUGGUGGCAUCAUAGGAACUCCUUUUGCCAUUACUGGUGGUUCUGGUGGCAUCAUAGGACCUUCCCUUGCCAUCACUAGUGGAUCUGGUGGCAUCACAGGACCUUCACUUUCAAUAUUUGGUGGAUCUGGUGGCCUCAUAGGACCUUCACUUUC